GAGCGCCGCAGCCCGCCCCCAGCGCCGCCCGCCGGAGCCCCUCGGUCGUCCGGCAGGGCUCGGGGGAGGUAACCGGCCCUGCCCCGGCCAUGGUGGGCCGCCCGCCGCCGGGGGGGCAGGAGAAGCAGCAGCUGAGGCGGCAGGACGAGGACGACGAGGAGGAGGAGGAGGAGGAGGCGGCGCGGCGGCCGCCAUUCCGCGCGGGGGCCGCGGGGCUAUGAAGGAUGGAGGCGGACGAGGUGACGAUCCGCGAGCAGAACUUCCACAGCCAAGUGCGGGAGUACACGAUUUGUUUUCUCCUGUUUGCUGUUCUCUACAUAGUUUCCUACUUCAUAAUCACAAGAUACAAAAGAAAAGCAGAUGAGCAAGAGGAUGAAGAUGCCAUAGUUAACAGAAUAUCGCUGUUCUUGAGCACCUUCACUCUAGCAGUUUCAGCUGGUGCAGUCCUGCUUCUGCCUUUCUCAAUAAUCAGCAAUGAGAUCCUGCUUUCUUUUCCACAAAACUACUAUAUUCAGUGGUUAAAUGGCUCACUAAUUCAUGGUUUGUGGAAUCUUGCUUCUCUUUUUUCCAAUUUAUGUUUGUUUGUGUUGAUGCCCUUUGCCUUUUUCUUCCUGGAAUCGGAAGGAUUCGCUGGCUUAAAAAAGGGGAUCAGAGCACGCAUUUUGGAAACCCUUGUUAUGCUUAUACUUCUUGCACUGCUUAUCCUUGGAAUCGUAUGGGUGGCUUCAGCUCUCAUAGACAAUGAUGCUGCCAGUAUGGAGUCUCUGUAUGACCUCUGGGAAUUCUACCUCCCAUAUUUAUAUUCCUGUAUAUCACUGAUGGGAUGCUUGUUACUUCUGUUAUGCACGCCGGUGGGACUUUCGCGGAUGUUUACAGUAAUGGGUCAGUUGCUGGUGAAGCCAACAAUCCUUGAAGACUUAGAUGAACAGAUGUAUAUCAUCACUUUAGAGGAAGAAGCAAUUCAGAGGAAGCUCAAUGGUACAUCUUCCACAGUUGAAUACCAGACAGUAGAGUUGGAACAAGAGCUUGAAAAAGUGAAAAGCAAGAAAACAAAUCUAGAACGGCGGAAAAAAGCUUCUGCCUGGGAAAGAAAUUUAGUUUAUCCAGCUGUUAUGAUAUUGCUGCUGAUUGAGACGUCCAUCUCAGUCCUGUUAGUUGCUUUCAACAUUCUUUACCUGUUGGUUGAUGAGACUGCAAUGCCAAAAGGAUCAGGGGGUCCUGGAAUAGGAAAUGCAUCCCUAUCCACAUUUGGUUUUGUGGGAGCAGCACUUGAAAUCAUUUUGAUUUUCUAUCUUAUGGUGUCCUCUGUCGUCGGCUUCUACAGCCUUCGUUUUUUUGAAAAUUUCACUCCCAGGAAGGAUGACACAACUAUGACAAAGAUAAUUGGAAACUGUGUCUCUAUCUUGGUGCUGAGCUCUGCUUUGCCAGUGAUGUCAAGAACACUGGGAAUUACUCGAUUUGAUCUGCUUGGAGACUUUGGAAGGUUUAACUGGCUGGGAAACUUCUAUAUUGUACUAUCUUACAACUUGCUCUUUGCUAUCAUGACAACGUUAUGUCUGGUCAGAAAGUUCACUUCUGCUGUGCGAGAAGAGCUCCUGAAGGCAAUAGGAUUAGAUAAGCUUCAUCUGUCAAACAAUCCAAGAGACUCUGAGACAAAGCCGUCUGCAAAUGGGCAUCAGAAAACACUGUGAUUAACAAUCACCUGCAAUCAACAGAGCUGAAAACAUCAACCUCAUGGCAUUCCUGUCAUCUCAUCGGCGUUUUUUUAUAUUGAUUUUAUUUGUUGAUGAUCUGGGUCCAGCGUUGUCUCAUUUUUUUGAUGCUGGUGUGCCUCUGUGGAAGUUAGCGGUAUCAGACUCUUCUCUUUCCAGUUAACUUUUGGUCUGCUUGUUUAUUUCCCAGUAAGUUAAUGCAGGAGGUGCCUUGAAGACUGGAAGCUGAAGAGAAUAAUGCAUUCCUUUUUGUUGACGGUCUCGUAUCUUUAGAUGCAAACCUGCUACCAUUUGAAUGCACAGUACCUCCUGUGUAAUGCAGACACAGCUACGAAGAAUAAGUUUGGGACUUGGUUUAAAAAAAAACACAACAACACUUGAAGCCCAAUAGGACCCUUACUGGAAAUGUAAGCUACCUGGAACAUGUAUCCUCAGCAGUAGAUAAUCAGUUCCACUAAGAAUGUGUUAAAAACGAAAGUAACUGGUAGAGACCACAGUUCCUUUCGUGCUGGAGUCGGUAGGCAGUUCAUAGUCUAAUAUCAUGAAGCUUUCUUGGAAGGCCAGCGUUUUCAGUUUCUGUUCUUCGCUAUAAAAGCCAGGUUGCUUUACUGGUAGUCAGGCAAUAUCUUAUCAAAUAGAGUGAACCACAAUAUGAAGAUUAACUUCAGUGUUAAAUCUGAGUCUAGUAUGCUUUGUAAAAAGCUGCGUAGACCCCUUGUCACAGCUCUUACAGUUCUGUAAGCUAUUGUGCCGUGGAGGUCACUUACCCUACCAAGAACAGCCCUGUAAAAUUCUAUAUGAACUACUGUGUAUAAGCAGUACUUGUAAUCAAUGCAAGUAGCACAGGCCUAGGAGGCUGAGGUUGCAGGUUUUUUUUACAAUGUUCUUUAAUUUGAAGUAAAUUAUUUCUCUGAAUUUAUACUAUAGUUACCCGGAUUUCUGUUCAGUGGUAAAACACAGCAUCUUUCACUAAUCUGUUUUUUAAUGUACACAUGAACGUGUAUAUAGGCCUACAAGUGUAGAUAUAAAUUAAAUUCUAAGCUUAUAGAGAUGACGUAGGUGGCUUGGUAAGUAAAACUUGUGUGUUCAGUUUGGUAGUAUGAAUUUCCACGGUGUUACAAUUUAACUGCUCAGAGGCCUUAAAUUCAGAGUGGCAUUGGCGGGUGGUAAUGUCCUUUUUCUUAGCAUCACUGCAGCCUUAGGAAUCCUAUAAGCAGUCUGUAAUAAACACAAAAAAAGGCAAAAACAACACCCACCAACAAAAGUAUUCAAAAUCUGUUUGCGCUUUCGUCCUGCUCUGCCACAAGUAAUCUUCAAACAGAUUGGAAUAAGGACAACUUCAGUGUGCGCCCCAUAUGUAGCGAGUCAGUUAAUGUUCUUGGUUAUUUCCAGUUUCUGUAAAACUGAAGUAUGUCUGUCUGGACUUUGAGGUCUUACAUGCGAUCAGGCUGUGACAACUAACUCUCCAGUGUGGUUCCAAUAUGGGGUAAACCUUGUGUCGGAAACUUUUGGGCUGUUCUCCUGAGAUGACUGCUCUGGGCUGUAGACCUUACUACUGUGUGUGUGUGAAUGUGAGUUUUUUUUGUUUUGUUUAUUUGUAUUUGUUUUUCUCCAAGUGCUUCAAAAAUCAAGCUCCAGUGCACAUGAGGAUUUCUCGGUUUUUUGCAGGCUGCCGUUUCUGACUUGAACUGGGGCAUAAUGUAAAUACUGCUGUAGUAAAUAUGAGAGAGUUACUUUUUGUGUGAUUAGUAUGAAUUCAAGGCUUAUUAAACUGACUAUUGAUGUGUUGUACUGAGUCUUGGAAGACUUAAAGUAAAAUUCGUUGAUUUUUAUGAAGAUUUCCAAGCAUUUUUUUUCUCUUUGACUUUAAUGCUGACAUUUUAGUGAGAAAUCUUUACCUGCGUCAAAGUUCCCCAGCCAAGAACAGGGAGCUAGAAUUAAAAGCUGUUUGAAAAUGUGUUUACAUUUAAAAUAUUGGGAGACUUUAUUAUUAGGGGUGUAAUUCAGGUAUUCUCUGAGCUUGUAGCCUUAUAUAUUAACAUUAUAGUUGAAAAUAACUUAAACGUACCCACUUUUCCAUGCAAGUGAUAGUAUGACCAAAAUUGUCCUAGCAUCUUAAUGGGGCCAGUGAAUUGUGGAAUAUAAGGCUAGUUAGCUUUAUUAGAAUAUUAUUGUUAUCAUCACUUUAAGACAGUCAUAUAAAUACUCUCUUUGAAGAAAUUUAAGGAAUAAAUUCAGGGAGCGUGAACCAGUGUAGGUCUUGAUCUUCACACUUUUCUUACUAGUUAGACUGACAGGGUGUUUUGGGGAGAGAUCACUGACGUCAGCAGUCCAGGAAUAUAGAAAGAGAUGAAAUUAUGAAGUGUGUGUGAUUUCUGAAAGUGAGUUGGGCAGUUACCUAAUGGAGCAGAGACAGUUCCUGCUGAUAAGCAUGCAAGUUUCAGGCAAAACUUUAAAACUCUUCCAAAAUAAAUGUGAAAGCCUUGUCUGCUCCCACCCAUUCUGGAUCGUGUAGUCGGAGAUGUGUGGGUUAAGAGUAUGUAAGUGAAGAUUUUACACCAAAAUAUGGCGUAUGGUUGAGAUGCUGUGUGGUUUUACGUUGUGGGUAAGAAAUUCAGAACUACCCUGUGUAAUUACUGGCAGUGUUUUGUUUUAAAAUCAACCGCAUAUAUUGUGGCACUGUCCACAUCUUGUGUUUGGCCUUGGAAAUGACAUGCUUAUGCAAAACCUCUUACAGACACAAUGCUACUUUUAGAUGUACUAAGUGUAAGAUACAGGUCACUGUAUACUUUUCACAGAAGCAUAUGGUCACUUAAAUACAAGCAACUGGUAAUUCAUUAAUGGAUAGUGACGAUGCAUUCCUAGUAUUUUGACUCAUGUAGAGUCAGGUGGUCUAUACCUUCAAGGUAUAUACAGCUGAUCUUAGUAACAUUAACACCUGCCUCACUUCUUAUGAGGCGAAAAGCACAUAAAUGCUUCCAUCUUAACUAGAUACCACACAGGAACAGAAAAAUAGAUGUAAACUAAGUGUUUUAGGUUAGCCUUUUCUUGGCUAUAUUCCGUGUUGGUAGCAUAAUAUCGAGUGCAGUGGCAGAACUGUAAUAUUGGGUUUCUGAGUGUAAAGCACACCAUCCAUAUGUAGUAACACCUUAGGCUAAUAAAUAUCAGCACUGGUUACUGUACGAGUAGCAGUUUUUGCGUUCAUAUGAAGCUUUGUUUACUGUCCAGAACGUGAUGUUUCUCUUUGGCCCUGCUCCUCCAGUAUCUCUUACCCUGUUGGCUGUUUUACAGUGUCAUAGAAAUUAAAGGAUUUGUCAAGCU